AUGGCCGAGUUUAGUCGGAAUGAAAAUAACUGCAACGAUUAUUCAAAAUUUAUUGACGCCUCUUGCCAGACUGACUUUAUAGACAUUGAAUCUAAUUUUCAAGAGCUCAAGAAAGAUUCAAAUAGCAUUGUGGAGAAUUUAAAUACUAGAGCAACCCAAAAAACUACCAUCUCAGCAUCAAAUAUUUCCCAAUGGACUUACGAUCAUCACCGCGGGGUAUACUUUGACUACAACACCCAUCUUUACUAUUACCCUAACACUGAGCUUUUCUACAAUUAUAAGAACGGUUGUUAUUACAAAUACAAUGAGACUUCACAACAAUAUGAAUUUCAACAUCAGCUAGAAGAUUUCAAAAAUUCAAAAAGCGAGAAAAUAUCCAGGAAUAUAGAUUACAGGGAUUCUCUUUGCAAUGCAUUUUCCAAAGUUAGUCUCUCCAAUGGUUCAAUACCCUACAUAAAAAAGAAUGACGGUGUCAGUAUGUCUAGUGGCCCAAUAUUGUAUGUACAAAGUGUGAGUGCCUCUAGUGGUUCGAUAUCUUAUACUCAAAGUAACACUGUCACAGCUAGCACUAUUGCCACUAGCUGUAAAGUCCCAUUGUCAAAUGUACGGAAUAACACUAGAACGAGUCUCUCCAGUGGCCCGAUAUCAUACAAACAAAGUUUUACUGGCACAAAAACAUCUAGUGGAUCGAUAUCUUAUGUACAAGGUGGUGUUAGUAGUAGCCCAAUAUCUAAUGGAAUAAGUAAUGAUACUACAGGUUCCUCUAUGCCUAAUACCAAAGGGAAAAAUCCCUCUAGUGGUACAAAGUCUUAUUCACGAAAUAGAGCCAAAUUGAGUUCAAGACCAUGUAUUCGAGCUAUGGUAACAGCAUCGAGAAGUCUAAAACCUGGGACUAUAUUCAUGAUUACUUAUCCUGGAGCCAUUUUGGGAUCGAGCGAAAACUGCGAUAUUUGGAUACCUGAUGAAAAAGUGGAUAAAAAACAUUGCGCUGUGAUGUUCGAUCAAGAAAAAAGGAAAUAUUUUGUCACAGAUUACGGAAGUAAUGUAGGGACGACUUUAAAUUCGAUUACCGAAAAUAAUCCUGGUUUAACAACAGUUUUUGCUUCACCAGUAUCACACAAAAGUGUGCUUUUGAUUGGAGAUACGGUACUUGUAUUACACUUGCAUUUGGGCAAUGCUACAUGUCCUGAUUGCGAACCUGGACUAGUUCAAGCUAUGAUUGAAAAGAACGAGUCGGUUAAUUCCCCUGAAAUUGUCCCAAAAAGGAAUCUAGAAGUAAUAAGACGAUCAGAACUAAAAUUCCUGAAGAAAAAACAAAAUUUGCCCAAAGAAGGUUAUGUAGAGUCUACUACUGACAGUACUGUGAAUUAUAUUGAUAGAGCUUUGGAAAGGAGACUGACUAAGGGUAGCGAUAAUCCUUAUGAAAAAAAUGAGAUGCCAACUUCUGUUUAUACUGAGUUAGCUGAUAAUAACAAGGGUUUUCAAAUGCUUCAGAAAAUGGGUUGGAACAGAGGGCAGUGCCUAGGAAAAACCUGUGAAGGAAUAACAGAGCCGAUAACGCCGCAAGGUAAUUCCAAAGAAAGACGUGGACUUGGAUUUGGAAAGAUUUGA